AUGGCUUCUUCAUCAUCAACAUCGUCAAAAUUCGUGACACGAGAAGAGUUCCAUGCUUUCCACAAGCUUGACAGAGCUCUUUUCAGUCGUCUUGUCUUAAGUCUAAGACGAGACAUUAGCCAGUCUCUUCAGGUAAUGAGCUUUCUCCUCCACCUCGAGAAAACUGGUCUCUUGAGAAACAUAAUCGUGAAUCUUGUCUAUUUACCCGAUUUUUUCAUCAACGCCGUGGCUGAAGAAGCCGUGUUGUGUCUGAGUUGCUUGUCUUACGAAGAUUUCUCAACGUUCGUUGCCACUUUGGGGCAAAACACCAACUCAUUUACCAUACCAUUGAUCACUCGUAUGACUGGAGAGUACCUUAGUCUCGCAGUCAUCCACAAGAACCGCGAAAACAUUCUCCUUGAGAUGAAGAAGCACUUAACUCGUAUAUGCUACCCAGCUUUUGAGGACAUAUGCGUGCACGCUGAGAAGGAGAAGAUGUAUACUGUGGAGAGGGAAAAGGCGAUAGAGAAGAUGAGCCAGCUUGGAAUUAGCAGGAUUGUUAGUAAGGCUGGUCAAAAAGAAACAAGUAAUCACGUAGCAGGAACAAACAAGGUUUCUGGUGCAUUCUCCGAUGAUGAGCAAGUGAAUGCAGACGAGAGGACUGUCUUCCUCACGUUUUCUAGAGGAUACCCAAUUUCUGAAGCGGAAGUGCAUGCUUUCUUCACCAGGAGAUUUGGGGAAAUUAUAGAAUCCAUACACAUGCCUGGAGUGGAAGGGAAUGGGCAGGCGCUGUAUGCAAAGAUGGUUUUACAUUCUGCCUCCAAGAUUCCAGAGAUUGUAGAAAAUGGUGGGGACACCAAAACCAAAUUCACCAUCAAUGGAAAACAUGUUUGGGCUCGAAAAUUCCUUCCCCAAUCUUCCAACAGUCUUCCCCAAUCUUCCAACAGUCUUCCCCAAUCCUGUGGAGUCUCUCUCUAG